UGUCAAUACCCAUUCAUCUUAAGUAUUGUUGCAAAGAAAACAAUUCUUCAAAGAGACUCAGAACAACAGAUGAUUUUAAAUGCAAGGCAAAGCCUAUUGAAUCGUGCGAUUCACCAGCAAAUGGCAGACAUCGAUGUAUUCUUUCUCAACCUGAACAUUCAUCGGUCCAAUUUAGUGUCCGAUUCAUUAAAUGAAAUCGCUAAAAAGCAAAAUGAUUUAAAGAAGAAACUGAAGGUAACAUUCAUUGGUGAACCGGGACUUGAUAUGGGAGGGCUGACCAAAGAAUGGUUCUUGUUAUUGAUUAAACAAAUAUUUCAUGAGGACUAUGCUAAUGGGUCUCGCAGUUUACAACUCAAUGUAAGAAUCCUUGAUCUCCAUUUCCCAACACUUUGCUUCAAGAAAUUAUUGAGUCCUCCAGUAGUGCCCGUCGAUGUGGAUCGUUGUAAUGAUGUGGCGGUUGGCCUAAAAGAGUUGCUGUCAUACGAAGGCAAUGUUGAGGAAGACUUUUGCAUGAAUUUU